CCCUCCGAGAAGCAUUGAGGGUGAGCGGGUUUGAUGCCCGGCGUGGGGUCAAGUGUGGUGUCUGGCCGGCUUUUCAUCAAAGAGGAACAAAGGGUGGUCCCGGAAGCUGCGCCGUCGGCGUCUAGGGGCGGCCCGAAGGGCUCCAGCAGCGGUGGCAGAGGCGCAGCGGACGCCUCCAGGACUGGGAAUACAGGCCUGGUGGGCUUCGCGGGCAGGAUGAGCUUGACCCCGAAGGAGCUUUCGAGCCUGCUGAGCAUCAUCUCUGAGGAGGCGGGCGGCGGCAGCACCUUCGAGGGCCUGUCCACCGCCUUCCACCACUAUUUCAGUAAGGCCGACCACUUCCGCUUGGGCUCGGUGCUAGUCAUGCUGUUGCAGCAGCCGGAUCUGCUGCCCAGCGCGGCGCAGCGGCUCACGGCGCUCUACCUGCUCUGGGAGAUGUACCGCACCGAGCCGCUCGCCGCCAAUCCCUUCGCUGCCAGUUUUGCGCACCUGCUCAAUCCCGCGCCGCCGGCCCGCGGCGGCCAGGAGCCCGACCGGCCGCCGCUCUCAGGAUUUUUACCUCCUAUAACUCCACCAGAGAAGUUUUUUCUUUCCCAGCUAAUGCUGGCACCCCCAAGGGAACUGUUUAAAAAGACACCUCGACAGAUUGCCUUGAUGGAUAUUGGAAACAUGGGCCAAUCUGUGGAUAUUAGCGGGCUUCAACUAGCCUUGGCUGAACGCCAGUCUGAAUUGCCAACCCAAAGUAAGGCUGGCUUCCCCAGUAUUCUCAGUGACCCAGACCCAGAUUCUUCUAAUUCUGGAUUUGACAGCUCAGUUGCCUCUCAGAUCACGGAAGCAUUAGUCAGUGGACCAAAGCCACCUAUUGAAAGCCAUUUUCGGCCAGAGUUUAUUCGUCCACCACCUCCACUCCAUGUUUGUGAGGAUGAGCUGGCAUGGCUAAAUCCAACCGAGCCUGACCAUUUGAUUCAGUGGGAUAAGUCAAUGUGUGUUAAGAAUAGCACGGGUGUAGAGAUCAAGCGAAUAAUGGCCAAAGCUUUCAAAAGCCCCCUAUCUUCUCCUCAACAAACACAGCUCCUUGGUGAGUUGGAAAAAGACCCCAAACUUGUUUAUCAUAUUGGCCUCACUCCAGCCAAACUUCCUGACCUGGUGGAAAAUAACCCUCUAGUCGCCAUAGAAAUGUUGCUGAAGUUAAUGCAGUCAAGCCAGAUCACCGAAUAUUUUUCAGUCCUGGUCAAUAUGGAUAUGUCUUUGCAUUCCAUGGAAGUUGUAAAUCGACUGACAACAGCUGUUGAUCUACCUCCUGAAUUUAUUCACCUUUAUAUAUCAAAUUGCAUCUCUACCUGUGAACAAAUUAAGGAUAAAUAUAUGCAGAAUCGUUUGGUGCGUCUUGUGUGUGUCUUUCUCCAAUCCCUGAUCCGUAACAAAAUUAUUAAUGUGCAGGACUUGUUUAUAGAAGUGCAGGCAUUCUGUAUUGAGUUCAGUAGGAUACGCGAAGCUGCUGGCCUUUUCCGGUUGUUGAAGACUUUGGACACUGGGGAAACACCUUCUGAGACCAAAAUGUCAAAAUAAUACCCUAUCAGAACCACCCCAUUCAUUGUUCAGCUGUACUGCAAUUCAUUUUUUAAAACUGUUAAAACCCUGAGUGGAUUGUUUUGUGUAAUGCAUAUAAACAACACGUGAACUAUUUAAGUUUUAAUUCCCUUUAAAAGAAUCUUUGGUUAAGAACUUGGAAAAAUGUCUUUAGAUGUCUUAACACAGAAGAAAUGGUUAUCCAACAAAAUUACUGCAAAAAAAGUAGAUGAGCUCUUUAAUACUAAAAAGGUACCGUUUUUGUUUAAAACAAAUUAUAGGCUUCUGAUUAAGUCAAGAAUCCUGUUUUCCCAAGGUUCUAAUGUCAAAUGUAUUUAAUGAAAGUAAAUGAAGACAUUCUUAAGAAUGUGUUGUAGUGCCUUUGAGGUGAAAUCAGUUGAGUGUGUUUGAAUCAUGUGGCAAACAGAAGUUUGAUCCUUGAACCCAUUUAUGCAUGUAACUCUUAGCUUCUCAUUAAGCAGAGUUUGAACCAGGAACAUGUAACUUUAUCCUUUCUUAUUAUGAGGACUUAACAGAUCAGCCGGUAUAGUUUUCAGGGUUAUUUUUUUUCUCUUAUGAUCAUUAGUUCUUCUGUUAUUAGUAUAAGAUAGUAAUUUUUUGUUUUAAGGAGAGACAGUGCUUUGGGAAGUAAUCCCAUCACUGAGGAACUGUCAUGUAAAACUGCAGACUGAGUAGGCUCUGCAUUCUUCCGCCUGUGCUGGGACAGGCGUACUGUUUGAGAAGUAGAAGAGCAAGAGGGCAUUGUGUGGGGCUGUCAUCACUCAUUUAACUUUGGACAAUAGUGCCUUACAUUAAAGUUCUUUUUUUUAUAAA